AUGGAAUUUGAUGACAUUGCCACAGAAAACAGUCAGGCCGUCAUUGACGCAGCCCUGCCUUUCAAUUACGAUGUUGAGCGCUUCCUCAGGACUGAGGAAGAGUUCUACAUGCCAGUCCACGCUGCCUUCCACCCAGAUCCAACCUCCCUGCAUCUCUCUUGGGAUAUUGAUGGGGUAAUUUUAGAGGUAACCACAUUUGCCGCUUUAAAGGCACCCAUGCCCUACAUUUACUUACCAACUUCUCACCACAGCUUUCCAGCUAAGGCACAGUGGCCUUUUUUAAAAAAACAUCUUCCCCUCAGGGAGAUGUCAGCUGAGGUGAUGAAAGAGUGGAGGCGGGUGUAUGGGGUCAACCUGGGCACAGCCGAAGGGGGCUGGGUCAUGAUCCUUUCCCUUGUCCCAGCUGACAAGGUUAUUCCCAGCAACAUACUCAUAUCGGAGGCGGCUGCUAAAAACCUGACCGAGGAUGUGGCAGCAGACGUAGCCAGGGCAGUGGUCAGCCAACUUAUAAAUCUUGGUCCGAUGGAGAUGACACGCUUGUCAAUCCAAAAAAAUAACAUAUUUGAACUUGCAAAGUUCAGGCUCUUUCGGGAUGACCAGUCAAUGUUCCUGGCUUUAAUAGACACAGCCAUUGACUCCCUUGAGCUGCCAAAUGGGGUGGCUGUUCUGAGGACAGUGGGACAGCUUGGUGGGCAGGAGUCAAAGCCCAUCAUGCUCCUGGACAUCCUCUCCUCCAUGGACCACAUCAGGUCCUGUACUGUUCAUGCAGCAUGUUCCAUCCGGCAUGUUGACCCAGAUGUGGACCUGAUGUGGUCCAGAUGGGGGAUUAAUAAGCUGGCGGGUUCAAGGGGAAAUGUGUUCAGCAACCUGUCCAUCCACGAGGCGGCUAACUACCAAUCAAAUUUGGACGGGAGGCCCAUGGAUGUAAACCAAAAACUGUGGUCUUUGUUCAAAGUUGGGAAUGUUAGUCCGACACUGAACUUCCUCCAACUUUAUUGUGACUGCCCACACAGACCCCAGUUCCCGUUUUACAAGCACCCCAUUAGUGGAGUUAUAGCCUGCUGUGGACUUCUCCACAAAAACUCGACAAAGGCUAUGGACAAAAGGGCAAGGGAAUACCUUCAGCACUUUAGGGACCUGAGUGUUAAAGGUAUUUUCCACCUCCCAGCUCGCGUGGAAGGGGUUCUGCUCUUCACCCAGGACAUCCCUCACACUCUGUCGAGCUUCACCUUGAUGGAGGAGAAGGCCCUCUUGGAUCUGCUCAGCCAAGAGGCCAUGCUCCUUCCAUUCAAGUCAGUGGAGGGAGAUGGCAUUCGGAACCUCCAUUUUGCGGUGGUGGACCACAUUGUGGACAG